UUCAAUUUUCAGUACACAACUACUGUGCAAGCUCACAAUGCCUACAGUUCGCCUCCAUCCCCGGCCCGCAGGAACUUCCUCCGCCGUGCACCCCUCGUCCAAUCCCCUGCCACAGCUUCUCCAGACGCCCUCCGGCCUCGCCAUCCUCGAAAUCCAAGGCACGAUCAAUAUCCCAUCACCGGAUGAAUCAAGCGACCCCGACGAAGCGAUUAUAGAGUCCUCUGAUUCUUCUCCAUCGGUUUAUGAAACCCCGGUCGGAAAGCUCAUGUUUCCUGAUUACUCGCCGCAAAGCGCCGAAGGGGACACGAAAUGGAUGAAACGCGUCUAUCUAUACGUCGGCCGGUACCAGCGGAUGACGGGUGAAGUAAAGAAGCUAGGUAUGCCGUUGGCGGUGAUCCAGCGGCGACGGCCAGAGGUAGAAGCGGAGGAAGGGGGGGAUGAGCUCGAAAUCGUCGAGAUCGUCAAGUAUAAGUUGCUUUUCAAGACAAGACCGGAGCCUGUGAAUGAUUGUUGAUGGCCUCGAUUGAAAUGGAUUGAAAGAGAGAGAGAGAGAGAGAGAGAGACUCCAAUAAAGGUAUCCAUUGGAGCAUUUCGGUGAUACGGCUACCAAUUGCAAUGUUACUCGCCGUGACGGUUAAAGCAAGCCCACCUACAGACUCCCUGGAAGUGCAUCCCGGAUCGAAGUCUUCUCGAGGGCUACCGUUCGAUCAACUGCACAUCUAGUCAGACGAUGGGUAUGCUGGAGAAGGGUCGAGCUGAGCCCGAUGCUCUAAAGCAUCCUCCGCGGUCUCUACAUUGGGAAUGAUUCCUCCUGCCGUGGUAGAUGUUAUCAGACAUCAAGGAAACGAGAUAUAACGAGACAUGACCUGGAG